AUGUCUCGAGACAGUCGAUAUGCAUUGCGUGAGUGCCUGUGGCUAAGUGCCCAGCGACCCUGUUCUGCAUUGCUCACCACAUGGCUUCUGUUUCCUCCCACAGAAAGUCAAUCGGAACCAGUGGAGACAACAGAAGUAGACGGGGACGUCGAGGUCCCACCCAACAAAGCCAGGGUCCUGCAGGGCCAUGAGUCCGAGGUCUUCAUCUGUGCCUGGAGCCCUGUCAGCGACCUCCUGGCCUCCGGGUCCACAGAUUCGACUGCACGGAUCUGGGACCUGAACGGAAGCAGCAAUGGAGCGUCCACCCAGCUCGUGCUGCGGCACUGUAUCCGAGAGAAGGGGCAGGACGUGCCCAGUAACAGAGACGUGACCUCGCUGGACUGGAACAGCGAUGGGACGCUGUUAGCAACAGGCUCCUACGAUGGUUUUGCAAGAAUCUGGAUGGAAGAUGGUAAUCUGGCCAGAACCUUAGGCCAACGCAGAGGUCCCAUCUUUGCCUUGAAAUGGAACAAAAAGGGGAAUUACAUUGUGAGCGCUGGUGUGGACAAAACAGCAAUAAUUUGGGAUGCCCACACAGGAGAAGCCAAACAGCAGUUUCUGUUUCAUUCUGCCCCCGUUCUCGAUGUGGACUGGCAGAACAACACGACCUUUGCCUCCUGUAGCACAGACAAGUGCAUUCAUGUCUGCAGACUCGGCUGCGACCGCCCCGUCAAAACCUUCCAAGGACACACAAAUGAGGUUAAUGCCAUCAAGUGGAAUCCCUCUAGAAUGUUGUUGGCGUCCUGCUCGGAUGACAGUACAUUAAAGAUCUGGAGCAUGAAGCAGGACACAUGCGUCCAUGACCUGCAGGCUCACAGCAAAGAGGUCUAUACCAUAAAGUGGAGUCCGACCGGGCCCGCCACCAGCAACCCGAACGCCAACAUCAUGCUCGCAAGCGCUUCGUUCGAUUCCACCGUCCGGCUGUGGGACGUGGAGCGCGGCGUGUGCAUCCACACUCUCACCAAACACCAGGAACCUGUCUACAGUGUCGCUUUCAGCCCCGACGGCAAGUACCUGGCCAGCGGCUCCUUUGACAAGUGUGUGCACAUCUGGAAUACUCAGAGUGGGAGGCUCGCCCACAGCUACCGAGGCACUGGCAGCAUCUUCGAGGUCUGCUGGAACGCCCGAGGGGACAAAGUGGGCGCCAGCGCGUCCGACGGCUCUGUGUGUGUUUUAGACCUGCGAAAGUAAACGGAAUGUUGCAGGAAAGAGAAGAGAAUUCUAACCCACCAGCAGUUCGUGUGGGGUGGGGUGGGGUGGGGGGGCAUCCUGUGGGCUCCAGGCUGCACGGGCGUGGCGUGUGGGCGUGGACUUUGAAGUCAGCUCCUCCUGGGCCCUGGGCGCCUAUAUCUUUCCUAGUUCUUGUCAGAAAGUUUCAAACACACACAAUUGUAUCAGAGGUGGGAGGGUGGUUUCCACAGGGACAUCUGCUUGGAAAGUGUGACGCCUCCAGCGGGAUGGUCCCAGUUUGGUUCCCACCCAGACAGGCUCUGAGGGCUGAGACUGGAGGGGAAAAAGCUGUGGCAAAAGAGAAGAAAAGCGGAAAAGGCUGCGAUAACCGAACGGGGUGGAAGAGCUCUGCCCGCGGGCUGCGUGUCGCCCUAACAAUUCGGCCACUGCCGUCGCCCUCGCCACAGAUGGUCAAAGCCCAGCCUGUGCCUGGAAAUGCGGGGCUUGUGAUCCCAGCGCCCCCGUUUCACACAACCUUCUUUGUCAGGUGGCUUUUCUGUUGGAACCCUGUUGACUGGGCCUUCCGUCCACGAUGGGGCCUGUUCCCCUUCCUCAUUGCCUGUCUUGAUUUUAGCGUGUCUUGAUUUGCUGUUGAUGCGGCCUUGGGGACACCAUGACAAAAUCUUUGCCGGACGACUUUCUCACCCCUCCCCUCUCCCCCUCUCCUUCUCCCUCUCCCUCCCCUGCUCCCCUUUAUCAUACUUGUUUCAGAUCUUAGGUCU